AUGUCUGAAAAGUUAUCGUUUAAAGAUAGAGUUGUUGUAAUUACGGGCGCUGGAGGAGGCUUAGGCAAAGUUUAUGCACUGGCUUACGCAAGCAGAGGUGCAAAAGUGGUCGUCAACGAUCUAGGUGGCACUAUGGGCGGCUCAGGGCAUAACUCCAAAGCUGCAGACUUGGUGGUGGACGAAAUUAAAAAAGCCGGGGGGGUUGCUGUAGCAAAUUAUGAUUCUGUCAAUGAAAACGGAGAGAAAAUAAUUGAAACUGCGAUAAAAGAAUUCGGGAGGGUCGAUGUGCUAAUUAACAACGCUGGGAUAUUAAGAGAUAUCUCAUUUGCAAAGAUGACAGAGCGUGAGUUUGCCUCCGUGGUGGAUGUUCAUUUGACUGGUGGCUACAAGCUAUCACGCGCUGCUUGGCCUCAUAUGCGCUCUCAGAAAUUUGGCAGAAUUAUUAACACUGCCUCUCCAGCCGGCCUAUUUGGAAAUUUUGGUCAAGCUAAUUAUUCAGCAGCUAAAAUGGGCUUAGUCGGUUUGGCGGAAACCCUAGCGAAAGAGGGCGCUAAAUACAACAUUAAUGUUAAUUCAAUUGCGCCAUUGGCUAGAUCACGUAUGACAGAAAACGUGUUACCACCACAUAUUUUAAAGCAAUUAGGACCGGAAAAAAUUGUCCCCUUAGUGCUCUAUUUAACGCAUGAAAGCACGAAAGUGUCAAACUCCAUUUUUGAGCUCGCUGCUGGAUUCUUUGGACAGCUCAGGUGGGAAAGGUCCUCCGGGCAAAUUUUUAAUCCAGAUCCCAAGACAUAUACGCCUGAAGCAAUUUUAAAUAAAUGGAAGGAAAUUACUGAUUAUAAGGACAAGCCGUUUAACAAAACUCAGCAUCCAUAUCAACUCUCAGAUUAUAAUGAUUUAAUCACCAAGGCUAAGAAAUUACCUCCAAAUGAUCAAGGCUCAGUGAAAAUCAAUUCGCUUCGCAACAAAGUCGUAGUAAUAACAGGUGCAGGAGGUGGUCUUGGGAGGUCUCACGCAAUUUGGUUCGCACGGUACGGCGCAAAUGUGGUUGUAAAUGACAUCAAGGAUCCGUUUUCAGUUGUUGAAGAAAUAAAUAGACUGUAUGGUGAAGGUACAGCCAUUCCAGAUUCCCAUGAUGUAGUCUCCGAAGCGCCACUUAUUAUUCAAACUGCAAUAAGUAAAUUUCAGAAGGUGGACAUUUUGGUUAACAACGCUGGUAUUUUGCGUGACAGGUCAUUUUUGAAAAUGAAGGAUGAAGAAUGGUUUGCCGUCUUAAAAGUCCAUCUUUUCUCUACAUUUGCAUUGUCAAAGGCAGUAUGGCCAAUAUUUACCAAACAAAAAUCAGGAUUUAUCAUUAACACUACUUCUACCUCGGGAAUUUAUGGUAAUUUUGGACAAGCCAAUUAUGCUGCUGCAAAAGCCGCAAUUUUAGGUUUCAGUAAAACUAUUGCGCUGGAAGGUGCCAAGAGAGGAAUUAUUGUUAACGUUAUCGCUCCUCACGCCGAAACCGCUAUGACCAAAACUAUAUUUUCGGAUAAAGAAUUAUCAAAUCACUUUGAUGCAUCCCAAGUUUCCCCACUUGUUGUUUUGUUGGCAUCUGAAGAAUUACAAAGAAAUUCCAGCAGGAAGGUUAUUGGCCAAUUAUUCGAAGUUGGUGGUGGUUGGUGUGGACAAACCAGAUGGCAAAGAAGCUCUGGUUAUGUUUCUAUUAAAGAUACUAUUGAACCGGAAGAAAUUAAGGAAAAUUGGAACCAUAUAACUGAUUUCAGUGGCAAUACUAUCAAUCCGAGCUCUACAGAGGAGUCUUCUAUGGCAACCUUACAGGCUGUACAAAAAGCGCACUCUUCAAAGGAGUCGGAUGAUGGAUUGUUCAAGUACACUACCAAGGAUUGUAUCUUGUACAAUCUAGGACUUGGAUGCACAAGCAGGGAGCUUAAGUACACUUACGAAAAUGAUCCGAACUUCCAAGUUUUGCCCACAUUCGCCGUCAUUCCAUUUAUGCAAGCUACUGCAACGCUAGCUAUGGAUAAGUUGGUUGAUAAAUUCAAUUAUGCAAUGUUAUUGCACGGGGAACAAUACUUUAAGCUCUGUACCCCGAGAUGGCCAAGUAAUGGAACACUAAAGACAGUUGCUAAACCUUUACAAGUUCUUGACAAGAAUGGUAAGGCAGCUUUAGUUGUUGGUGGCUUCGAAACUUAUGACGUUAAAACUAAGAAACUCAUAGCUUAUAACGAAGGGUCGUUCUUUAUCAGAGGCGCACAUGUUCCUCAAGAAAAGGAAGUAAAGGAUGGGAAGAGGGCCAAAUUUGCUAUUCAACGUUUUGAAGCACCACAUGGAAAGGCACCGGAUUUUGAGGUGGAAAUUUCUACAGAUAAAGAUCAAGCCGCAUUGUACAGGUUAUCUGGCGAUUUUAAUCCUUUACAUAUCGAUCCUACUCUAGCCAAGGCAGUAAAAUUUCCUGCACCAAUUCUGCAUGGCCUUUGUACAUUAGGUGUUAGUGCGAAAGCAUUGUUUGAACAUUAUGGUCCAUAUGAAGAGUUGAAAGUGAGAUUUACCAAUGUUGUUUUCCCAGGUGAUACGCUAAAGGUUAAAGCUUGGAAACAAGGCACAGUUGUCAUUUUCCAGACAAUUGAUAUGACCAGGAAUGUCAUUGUAUUGGAUAAUGCUGCCAUAAAACUAUCACAAGCAAAAUCCAAAUUAUAA